UAUAUCAUAGUGUUCGAUGUACGCUUGUGUUGCAGUCGCGUGACGCGUCAACAUGAGGAGUGUGGAGCUAGUUCUUUGUUUGUGCCUGUGUCUGGGCGCGCGGGGCGAGCGCGGCGAGCGCGAGGCGCGCCUGGUGCGCAGCCCGCAAGGCCCGGUCAAGGGCUACAAGGACCCCGGCGACAGCAUAUUCGUCUUUUACGGGAUCCCGUAUGCCACAGCGCCUACGGGAGCUGAUAAGUUCAAGGCUCCACUUCCUGCUUCAACGUGGUUAGAACCUUUGGAAGCUGUUGACGACAACAUAGUAUGUCCUCAAACUGAACUUCAUCAUGUUGCCUUCGAAAAUAAGACCAAACAGGAAAACUGUCUUAUUGCAAACGUUUUUGUGCCAGAUACCAACCAAAAGAAACUACCAGUGGUAGUCUACGUGCAUGGAGGAGCAUACCAAGUUGGGUUUGGAAAUCUGUACACACCCAAAAACUUAGCAAGAAGCAAGAGAGUUAUCGUAGUAACAUUCAACUAUCGCCUCGGAGUUCACGGAUUUCUUUGUUUAGGCACUGAAAAAGUACCAGGAAAUGCUGGAAUGAAAGAUCAAGUACAACUUUUACAUUGGGUCAAAAGAAAUAUAGCAAGUUAUGGGGGAAACCCAGAAGAUGUCACCCUUGCAGGGUACAGUGCAGGCUCUUCAGCCGUCGAUUUGUUAAUGAUUUCGCCGAUUACCAGAGAGUUAUUUAACAAAGUUAUUUCUGACAGUGGAUCAAACUUAGCCCCUUGGUCAGUUCAAGUAGACCCACUUGAAAAUGCAAAAAUCUUUGCAAAAUCGAAUGGUUUUGAAAAUGUAGUUGACGUGUACGCUUUGGAAGAGUUCUACACUACAGCAAGCUAUGAUGUGCUAACAUCAGACCCUUUUAUGGACAGAACUGACUUUACGUUCGUGUUCUCACCAUGUAUAGAACGUAACACAGAAGGUGCUUUCCUCACUGAAUCUCCAUACAACAUUUUAAAGAACGGCAACUAUAGAAAAGUGCCAGUUUUGUUAGGUUUUGCCGGAAUGGAGGGCAUAUUCAGAUUAAAUCUAUUUGAAACGUGGAAGGAUAAAAUGAACGCGGACUUCUCUGCUUUUAUACCGCAAGACUUACAAUUUGAAAGUGAAGAAGAAAAAGCAGCAGUUGUUAAAAAAAUCAAAGAGUUUUAUUUUGGCAAAAAACCAGUUCGUGCAGAUGAAGAAUCUGUAUUGUCUUAUAUAAAUUUUAUGUCUGAUUUAUAUUUCACUUAUUCAACUUUAAGAGCUGUGAAUUUGCACGUGAAUGCAGGACAUGACAAAAUAUUCUUGUAUGAAUACAAUUUUGUUGAAGACUCUACGCCUAUUGUACCCCAUACACAAGACGUGAGAGGAGCUACACAUUGUGCUCAAACCAGCGCUGUACUUGAUGGAAGUAAUAUUGAUGUGCCUUCCGAAGACGAGAGCAAUAUCUCUGACGAACUAAGAACUAUGAAAAAACUAAUGCGUGAACUAUGGCUUAACUUUAUGAUGACGGGGAGUCCGGUGCCGGCGGGCUCCGCGCUGCCCGCGUGGCCGGCGGCGGGCGCGGGCGGCGCGCCGCACAUGUCGCUGGCGCGCACGCUGCGGCUGCGCGGCGCGCUGCUGGAGGAGCGCGCGCGCUUCUGGGACGCCAUCUACGAGCGCCACUACCGCGCGCCCGCGCCGCCGCCGCCGCCGCCUGCCAGGCUAACAACGUUCCGUAUAAGCUUAUUCAGUGUAUGUGGGGUCAUCAUGUGGAGCGGUCUGGUGCUGUGUUUGUGCCUGUGUCUGGGCGCGCGGGUCGAGGGCGGCGAGCGCGAGGCGCGCCUGGUGCGCAGCCCGCAAGGCCCGGUCAAGGGCUACAAGGACCCCGGCGACAGCAUAUUCGUCUUUUACGGGAUCCCCUAUGCCACAGCUCCUACGGGAGCUGACAGAUUUAAGGCGCCUCUUCCUGCCCCAACAUGGUUAGAGCCAUUGGAAGCCGUAGACAAUACCAUAAUAUGUCAUCAAGCUACAAUUAAUUUUCUUAACUUCCCAAAUAAGACCAAACAAGAAAACUGUCUCAUUGCAAAUGUUUACGUUCCUGACACCGACCAAAAACAACUACCAGUCGUGGUAUAUGUGCACGGAGGAGCAUUUCAAAUUGGCUUUGGUAGUAUGGUAACCCCCAAAAGCUUGGUAAGAAGCAAAAAAGUCAUUGUAGUAACAUUUAACUAUCGUCUCGGAAUACACGGAUUUCUUUGUUUAGGCACUGAAAAGGCACCAGGAAAUGCUGGAAUGAAAGAUCAAUUACAACUUUUACAUUGGGUUAAAGAAAAUAUAGCAAGCUACGGGGGAAACCCAGAAGAUGUGACCAUAGCAGGUGGCAGUGCCGGCUCCAUAUCCGUUGAUUUAUUAAUGAUUUCGCCCACUACAAAAGGCUUGUUCAAUAAAGUAAUCCCAGAAAGUGGAUCUAACUUGGCCGCUCUUUCAGUUCAAAUUGACCCCCUAGAAAAUGCAAAAACCUUUACUAGAUCUAAAGGCUUGGAAAAUGUAGAUGACGUGUACGCUUUGGAAGAGUUCUACACCACAGCGAGCUAUGACGUGUUGACAUCGGACCCCUUUAUUGACAGAACUGAUUUCACUUUUGUGUUCUCACCAUGUGUAGAGCGUAAUACGGAAGGUGCUUUCCUCACCGAGUCCCCGUACAACAUUUUAAAGAAUGGAAACUACAGAAAAGUGCCAUUACUGUACGGUUUUGCUGGAAUGGAGGGUUUACUGCGAAUCAAUUUAUUUGAUUUGUGGAGAAAUAAAAUGAAUGCAAAUUUCUCUGCUUUUCUACCGCAAGACUUACAAUUUGAAAGUGAAGAAGAAAAAGCAGCAGUUGUUCAAAAAAUAAAAGAAUUUUAUUUUGGCAAAAAACCAGUUAGUACAGAUGAAAAGUCUGUAUUGUCUUAUAUAAAUUUUAUGUCAGAUUUAUAUUUCACUUAUUCAACUUUAAGAGCUGUGAAUUUGCACGUGAAUGCAGGACAUGACAAAAUAGUAUUUUUGUAUGAAUACAAUUUUGUUGAAGACUCCACGUCUAUUGUACCCCAUACACAAGACGUGAGAGGAGCUACACAUGGUGCUCAAAGUAUGGCUAUUUUUGAUGGAGAUGAAAAUAAUUGGCUAAACGGUGACGAGAGCAAUAUCUCUGAAGAACUGAAAAACAUGAAGAAAGUAAUGAGAGAACUAUGGCUUAACUUUAUUACAACAGGGAGUCCGGUGCCGGCGGGCUCCGCGCUGCCCGCGUGGCCGGCGGUGGGCGCGGGCGGCGCGCCGCACAUGUCGCUGGCGCGCACGCUGCGGCUGCGCGGCGCGCUGCUGGAGGAGCGCGCGCGCUUCUGGGACGCCAUCUACGAGCGCCACUACCGCGCGCCCGCACCGCCGCCGCCGCCGCCUGCCAGUAUCAGUAGUGAUAUCAUGUCGACGUUGAGCGAACGCGUAGACCGUGAGGCGCGCCUGGUGCGCAGCCCGCAAGGCCCGGUCAAGGGCUACAAGGACCCCGGCGACAGCAUAUUCGUCUUUUACGGGAUCCCCUAUGCCACAGCUCCUACGGGAGCUGACAAAUUUAAGGCUCCUCUUCCUGCUCCAACAUGGUCAGAGCCAUUGGAAGCCGUAGACGACACCAUCAUAAGUCAACAAGCUGUAACAAACAUACCAGUAUUUACCUUCGUAAAUAAAACCAAAAAAGAAAACGCUCUAAUAGCAAAUGUUUUCGUCCCUGACACCGACCAAAAAAACCUACCAGUCCUCGUCUAUGUUCACGGGGGAGGAUUCCAAAUUGGCUUUGGAAAUAUGGUAUCUCCCAAAAACUUGGUAAGAAGCAAAAAAGUCAUUGUAGUAACAUUCAACUAUCGCCUCGGAAUACACGGAUUUCUUUGUUUAGGCACUGAAAAGGCACCAGGAAAUGCUGGAAUGAAAGAUAUGGUAGCUCUUUUACAUUGGGUCAAGAACAAUAUUGCAAGCUACGGGGGAAACCCAGAAAAUGUGACCAUCGCAGGCGGAAGUGCCGGAUCCUCAGCCGUAGAUCUAUUAAUGAUUUCGCCCAUUACAAAAGGCUUAUUCAAUAAAGUAAUUCCAGAAAGUGGAUCUAACUUGGCCAAUUUUUCAGUUCAAGUUGAUCCCCUAGAAAAUGCAAAAACCUUUGCUAGAUCCAAAGGCUUUGAAAACGUAGAUGACGUGUACGCUUUGGAAGAGUUCUAUACCACAGCGAGCUAUGACGUGUUGACAUCGGACCCCUUUCUUGACAGAACUAAUUUCACUUUUGUGUUCUCACCAUGUGUAGAGCGUAAUACGGAAGGUGCUUUCCUCACCGAGUCCCCGUACAAUAUUUUAAAGAAUGGAAACUAUAGAAAAGUACCAUUACUGUACGGUUUUACUGGAAUGGAGGGUUUAAUGCGAAUCCAUUCAUUUAACUUUUUGAAAGAUAAAAUGAAUGAGAACUUCUCUGCUUUUCUGCCGCAAGACUUACAGUUUAAAAGUGAAGAUGAAAAAGCAGCAGUCAUCCAAAAAAUCAAAGAGUUUUAUUUCGGUAAUAAACCAGUUAGUGCAGAUGAAGGAUCGGUAUUGUCAUACGUAGAUUUUGUCUCAGAUUUAUUUUUUACAUAUCCUACUUUAAGAGCUGUGAACAUGCACGUGAAAGCAGGGCACGAUGAAAUCUUUUUGUAUGAAUACAGUUUUGUGGAAGACUCUACGCCUAUUGUACCCUAUACCAAGAACGUGAGAGGAGCAACUCAUGGUGCUCAAAGCAAGGCUGUAUUUGAUGGAGAUGAAAAUAAUUGGCAAAGCAAUGACGAGAGCAAUAUCUCUGAAGAACUGAAAAACAUGAAAAAAGUAAUGAGAGAACUAUGGCUUAACUUUAUUACAACGGGGAGUCCGGUGCCGGCGGGCUCCGCGCUGCCCGCGUGGCCGGCGGCGGGCGCCGGCGGCGCGCCGCACAUGUCGCUGGCGCGCACGCUGCGGCUGCGCGGCGCGCUGCUGGAGGAGCGCGCGCGCUUCUGGGACGCCAUCUACGAGCGCCACUACCGCGCGCCCGCGCCGCCGCCGCCGCCGCCUGCCAGGCGUUCCGAACUUUAA